AUGAAGUUCAGCACCGCCAUCAGCGCAGCAACUUGCAUCUUCCUCGUCGCCGCCCGAGUAAUCAAACCACCCUCAGCAUCCCCCAACCCCGAUACCAACGACUUCCGACUCACCACUGCUUUCUGGAGUGACGAAUACGCCUCCUCGAGCGAAUGGACCACCUAUACCACUAAAGGCGGCGCACUCAUGUGCGGCCUAACUGGCUCCGACGAAACCGCCGGCUCCCUCCUCCAAGACACGCGCAACCCCCCCUCAGCCGCCAGCCCCUUCACCAGCGACCUCAAAUCCGAACUUCAAGCCUGGCACUGGUGCAGCGUCAACCCCUCCUCCUUCAGCUGCAGCUUCUCCACGCACUGGGGUUUCCCGCACGCCAUGCGCUCGCUCGGUCUCAGCGGCACAUCAGCUGUCCAAGGCGGCGACAACCACUGUUAUAGGAUUGAGCAUUGGGACCCGGAGAUGCGGGAUGAGCGAGGGAAUCAGGUGCCUGCGAUAAAUCAGUGGUAUAGUGUGCCUGGCAUGGGGAAACAGUAUCGUGCAACGAAAUCCCACUACGAAUUCGCCAUCAACCCCCGCGGCGGCGCCCUCUACGGCCUCUUCCUCGAAAGCCCCCAAUCCGCCGCCCGCACCCUCUGGUACGCGGGCAAGCGCUCCCCGGACCGCGAGGAUCUUCCCGCCUUGCGUACUUUUUCCGAUAUCCUAUGGGGAUACUGGGUGCGCGACAACGCGCACGUGGCGAACGUGCGGUUCUUCUUCAUGAUAGGGAUUUCAAACGAUGUUACGAAUAGGCUUAUUGCGAGUGCGUUGAGGGAUGUGAGGGGGACGCUGAAAGAGUGGCCGGGGACGGAGUUUGGGAUGGGGACGGAGCAGGGGAGGGCGUUGUUAGGAUCACCGAAUGGAGCGGCCUUUGCGUAUUUUCUCAUGCAGCAUAAGGCUCAGUUGGGACAGAAGGUAAUCACCAAGGUUACUGUUUUCCGGCCGGAGAACGAUGACGAUGUGGAUUUUGUGGAUGCGUCCUUAUGCUUUCAUGUUGCUGAUGGGGAACAGGCGGCUGGAGAGGAAAUGAAGGGACGCAUUGUGAGUAGGAAUGUCGCGGACGAUGGGACAGCUAGGAGUCUGACUAGGGUGCAUGAAAUUCAUGCCUAG